AUGGAAGGAGACGUUAUGGACAAGCUGGAGGACAUGUCAUCGGUGUACGACUUCGACCCGAUCACCGGCAACAUCCCCGCCACCAAAGUAGAGAUCACCGUCUCCUGCAGAAAUCUGCUGGAUAAAGACACAUUCUCCAAGUCAGAUCCAUUAUGCGUGCUCUACACACAAGGUGUGGAAACCAAACAAUGGAGAGAGUUUGGCAGAACGGAGGUGAUAGACAACACCUUAAACCCGGACUUUGUUAGAAAGUACAUCUUGGACUACUUUUUUGAGGAGAAGCAGAACCUUCGCUUCGACUUGUAUGAUGUGGACUCCAAAAGUCCAGACCUGUCCAAACAUGUGAGCUUAGUUCUGCAUGACUUUUUGGGUCAGACGUUCUGUACUCUUGGGGAGAUUGUUGGAUCACCAGCCAGUCGACUGGAGAAACCUCUGGGAGGGAUCCCAGGAAAGAAAUGCGGCACUAUCAUCCUGUCUGCAGAGGAGCUGAGCAAUUGUCGGGAUAGCGCCACUAUGCAGUUCUGUGCCAACAAGCUGGAUAAGAAGGACUUCUUUGGCAAGUCAGAUCCUUUCAUGGUCUUCUACAGAAGCAACGAGGAUGGAACGUUUACUAUCUGCCAUAAAACAGAGGUGGUGAAAAACACAUUAAAUCCAGUGUGGCAGCCUUUCACCAUCCCAGUACGAGCGCUCUGCAACGGAGACUACGACAGAACAAUCAAGGUGGAGGUGUAUGACUGGGAUAGGGAUGGCAGCCAUGACUUCAUUGGGGAUUUUACGACCAGCUACCGAGAGCUAGCUCGAGGGCAGAGCCAGUUCAAUGUAUACGAGGUUAUUAAUACCAAGAAGAAAAUGAAGAAAAAGAAAUAUGUCAACUCUGGAACAGUAACCCUGCUCUCGUUCUCAGUGGAGUCAGAGUUCACAUUCUUAGAUUACAUCAAAGGAGGGACUCAGAUCAAUUUCACUGUGGCCAUCGAUUUCACAGCAUCUAAUGGUAACCCCUCUCAGUCCACUUCGCUACACUACAUGAACCCAUACCAGCUGAACGCCUACGCCAUGGCCCUGAAGGCUGUCGGGGAGAUCAUUCAGGACUACGACAGUGACAAGAUGUUCCCCGCUCUGGGCUUUGGGGCCAAACUGCCCCCUGAUGGACGGGUGUCACACGAAUUCCCCCUGAAUGGAAACAUGGAAAAUCCAUACUGCAAUGGUAUAGAAGGCAUCUUAGAGGCGUACCACCAAAGUCUGAAGACAGUGCAGCUCUACGGGCCAACUAACUUCGCUCCUGUGGUGAACCAUGUGGCCAGGUAUGCAGCAGCAGUGCAGGACGGCUCUCAGUACUUUGUGCUCCUCAUCAUCACAGACGGUGUCAUAUCCGACAUGGCCCAGACCAAAGAGGCCAUUGUAAAUGGUGCCAAGCUUCCUAUGUCCAUAAUCAUAGUUGGAGUGGGUCAGGCUGAGUUUGACGCUAUGGUGGAGCUGGAUGGUGAUGACAUCAGGAUCUCAUCCCGAGGGAAACUAGCAGAAAGAGACAUUGUUCAGUUUGUUCCCUUCAGAGAUUACAUGGACCGGACAGGCAACCACGUGUUAAGCAUGGCACGGCUCGCCAAAGACGUGCUAGCAGAGAUCCCUGACCAGUUCAUCUCCUACAUGAAAAGCAGAGGGAUCAAACCCAACCCGGCGCCACCUCCCUACACACCACCUGGACACACACAUCACCACCCACAGAUCUGA